AUGAGAGUGAAGAUUUUGGCUACUUUCAACGUCACUAAUCUGAGGAAGCGGAAAUCGCUUUAUAACAUGGGCAUGCGGCCUUUUACGUUGCAUUCUGGCAAUCUCGCUGAAGGAUGGGUCAAGGAUCGAUGCACGGACGUCUCUUACACUCAAAGCGCUCAAUCUCCUGAGCAGUCCCCUGCCGAUGGCGACAGCGCGAUCAACUAUAUCUUGAGCUUCCGCUACUGCUUCUCUAGUCACGGUUUGAAUGAGACUGUGGUCUUCGCCAUGGCACCUCCACUGACCUACACGACUCUAGUGUCACACCUCCGCAUGCUCAGAGAUAACCAUACAGAGAACGAUCUGUGGCAG